AUGGAAGGCACGUUGAACUACUCUGUUGCAUUGGGCGACUUUUCCGGCGGAGGCCUCCUGCUCGAAUCCCCGGAAGGGAAGAUUACAUUGCCACUUCCUGACUCUGAGGAAACUCGUUGUUUUGUUGUGCAUGACACCAAGGCGCAUCCAUUGGCCUUCGACGGCUCACUGUGGCAUGGUACGCAAACGUUUUCUGGCAACAGGUGGGUCAUCACAGCUUACACUUGUCGACGCCUGGAGGAAGUGCGAGCUGAAGACAUUGCGCUGCUGAAAAGCUUGUCGCAUGCAUUGGCUGCAGAUGCUCUCCCCUUUGUCCAGUUCGACCCGGUGAUUCAGGCCGAUGUUAGGGAUCUGGUUUUUCGAGCUGCAGCUGAGGGCGUGUUUCCCUUUAUCAUGGUGUGCAUUCAUGCUGCUUGGUCUCCUCGUGACAUGGAGUGGGUUCUGCAUUUGUGGCUCUGUGCAACCUUUUGCCUGGGCUUUACCCAGUCCCAGUCGAGGAGUGGUACAUCGGUGGAGGAUGCGUGGGCCUGCAUUCCGAUGAAAGAUUUGGCGGAGGUUGGCGAGCUGCGCAAAGACAUUUCCGCUUGGUUCUCCUCGGAAAACAUCGAUAAGGUGGACUGGUGCAUUCCGGAGGGCCAACCUUACUGCCUGCAUGCACUCGCCACAUUGAGCCAUUUCCUGCAAGAUGUGGACACUACAUUAUUUGGUUGCCUGUUGCAGGGCGUACCGACGGGUUUUAAGAAUGACAUACCACCUUCGGGCUGUAUGGCACCGUCUGGCAAAGCUGGCACUGACGAGUCAUUACAGGUCUGCCAACAAAAUUGGCAGGGUGCUGAAGACGAUCCAGUUCUUCUGGAUCGCUUGGUUCAGCAGGAAGUAGACAAAG